AUGUCCUCAUUGUCAGAAGAGGUUUACUCGCAGCGACCACGUCAGCAAGCACUUCAAGACACACCUUGUGCCAAAGAAGCUGUGAGGCUUAGUGGAAAACGCACCCUAACUAUGUAG